UCACCGCGAGGGAAAACGAAAGCCCCAAAUCCCCACGCCGAGAAAGUAGAAACCCCCGCCUCCAAUCCAUGGCUCCCCCAGCCACCGCCGCCGGCAAGCGCACCAUGCCGCCGCAAGGGGACCCCGCCGACGCCGCCGCUGUGGGGGCGACGACGGAGCAGGAGCCGCAGGCGGCGGGAGGCGCCGAGGCCGGCGACCUCGUCCUGGUGGCGGACUGCGGCGCGGAGGUGCGCCUCUCGCGCCCCGCGGCGCGGAUGUCGUCGACGACCGUCCACAUGCUGGACGACUGCGCGGAGGGCCGCGUCCCCGUCGCGGGCGUCCACGCCGGCGUCCUCCGCCUGGUGGCGGCGUACUGCGAGCGGCACGCGCCGCACUACGACCCGGCGGCCUCCGCGGCGAGGCUCCGCGACCCGUUCCCGCCCUUCCCCAUCGACUUCCCGCCCACCGCCCACGCCAUCAGGCCCGUCACCGACCCCGGGCCCGACCCGCACGGCCUCGAGGCCUGGGACGACAAUUUCAUCAGCGACCUCCCCGACAACGCUGCCCUCUUCGCCGUCAUCCUCGCUGCCAACUACCUGGGCAUCGAGGACCUGCUCGACCUGGGCUGCACGGCCGUGGCCGACAAGAUGAGGGGCAAGACGCCCGAGCAGAUCCGCGUCGCCUUGGACAUCGAGAACGACUACACGCCCGAGCAGGAGGCCGAGGUCAGGAGGGAGAACGCCUGGGCAUUCGAGGAUUGAACAGCGUGUCCUGCUGCUUGCCUUGGUGCCAAUGUUCAGAAGCAAGUUUUGUUGUGAGUUGUGGAUCGGGGGAUGGUUCUUUUUACUGUUUUUUUUUCAGCUGAGACUGGCAUGCUUCUUGCACGUUGUCCUCAGUUGAAGGUGUUACUAGUCAUUGCAAAUCCUGUUCAGUUAAAUUAUUUGUUUCGUGUUAGCUUGCUGGCUGCUUCUUGCACAUUGUCGUCAGUUGAAUGUUCGAUACGGUGUAGGCCUCGGCUGACAGUUUAGGGGAUCUGUUUACAUGAAAAAUGUGUAGAGAAUCAUGUGAGCCUGUGACAAUGACUGGGUAGUGUUGCUGGCGGCCAUUCAGCCGUUGCUCUAGGGUCCUAUCCUAGAGCAAGAACAUUGUCACGCAAUACAUACAAAUUUAGU